AUGUGUAGCUAUUUUGUAGAUUUAGUUAGUGAUUCGCAGUCAGUGGAGUAUAACGUUAUAAACGAAAUAUAUAUCUUAAACAAAUAGUGAUUCAUUUAGUGUCUCAGGGAAACAUAAAAUAAAUUCCCCACAUCUAAGUCUAAGUAGUCUAGCUAAGUAAAAAAAUAAUUCUGAAAUUUUAUUAUAAUAAUAGUAGGCCUAUUUGUUUAGUUCUUACUGAAUCGUACUUAAAUUGCUGAUAUUAAAGUUGUUUUAUUUUAUUUUUUCAGAUUAUUAACUUUGAAAAAAAAUAGAAAUUACAAAAGAAUAUCUGAACGCCAAACUUGGAAUGAAACCGAAAUGCAGCAGGCCGUACUGUCUGUGAUCAAUGGUGAUCAUGGGUAUAAAAAGGCAGCUGCAAUGUAUGGUGUGCCACAGACAACCCUCGAACGCAUAAUGGCUAAAUUUAAGAAAAAUCCUGAUAUUGAGGAUGCUUGCAAAAAGACGCUAGGCGCAUUCAAAACUAUCUUUACAUUGGAAGAGGAGGCAGAACUUGUUCAGUAUGUUCAGCAGAUGGAGAAAAGGCUUUUUGGCCUAACCUCCUAUGAGCUGAGAAAACUUGCCUUUGAACUGGCUGAAAAAAAUAAAAAGGCUCAUAAAUUUAAUAAAGAGUUGGGGGUGGCCGGUUACGACUGGUAUCAGGGUUUUAUGUUGAGACAUGCCAAACAUCUGUCACUGAGAAAGCCUGAAGCGACAUCUGUAGCCAGAGCAAUGGGCUUUAAUAAAGUAGCCGUUAAUAAAUUUUUUGAGCUUGUUGAGAAUGUCAUUGACAUAAAUAAAAUUGAUGUCGAAAGAGUAUGGGACGUCGAUGAAACAGGCAUUUCUACUGUACCUCAGUCGCUGUCAAAAGUUAUUUCCUCAAAAGGAAAAAGGCAAGUUGGCUCUCUUAAAUCUGCAGAAAGGGUUCAACUUGUUACAGCAGUAGUUUGUUGUUCAGCAAGUGGGAGAUACAUGCCACCUAUUUUAAUCUUUCCCCGUCAGCGCAUGAAGGCAGAGUUGAUGGAUGGAGCCCCUCCUGGUGCUUGGGGAGAAUGCCACCCAAGUGGAUGGAUCCAGACUGAUUUAUUUAUAAAUUGGUUAAAGAAACUUAUAUUACACACAGGAGCCACAAAAGAUUCACCAGCUCUUUUAAUAUUAGAUGGACAUGCGACACACUAA